UGAAGUUGUUACUUUGAUAGCCUCUUCGUCAACCAAAUUUCCUAAGAAGUGUGUAGUGCUUUGCCUUCUAGGUAACUGUUUCUUGGUUUUGGUUGAUCACAAGUUUGGAGCUGGGAUUUGUUUGCUUAAAACUGUGUGAUCUCUUUUGCACGCGUAUUUGGCUUCUUAGUUGUUUGGUGGUUGAUUAGAUAGUUCCUUAUUUUUGCUUGUCAUUAUUCCCGAAUUGACCGGUAUAAGUGAGCGUGUCGCUGACAUUAAGACUCGUGCUCAUGCCAUGAAGUACCUUACUACUUUUUGUGAAGCUGUAGGUCCUGGAUUUAUUUUUGAAAGACUUUACAAGAUACUGAAAGAGCACAAGAAUCCCAAGGUUCUUAGCGAGGGGCUACUGUGGAUGGUUUCAGCAGUGGAAGAUUUUGGCAUCUCACAUUUGAAACUUAAGAUAUUAAAGGGUUUCUUUCUGAUGUUAAACCUGCACUUCUUCGUGCACUGGAUAUGGAGUAUGAGAAGAAUCCAUUUGAGGGUGCAGCAGCAGCUCCAAAGAGAACUAUUAAAUCAGCAGAACCUACAUCUGCAUCUUCUGGUGGACUAGAUGGCCUGCCACGGGAAGAUAUUAGUGGGAAGGUUACACCUACCCUGCUUAAAGGCUUAGAAAGUACUGAUUGGAAGGUAAUAUUUUGAUCAUAAUUAAUGUUUUUAGGGAUGGAGCCUGACACCUGCCUGCUGCUAGAAGGUCCAAAGGGGAGAUAUUUA